GAAAAACGUCAUCAGUGGACGGACGGAAGAAGUGUCACAUGUGUUAACAAAGUCCUCGUGCACGAUCAGCUGAUUUUCGAUUAUUAUUUUGAUUAAUAAUAUACUAUAAUAACUUUAAUAGAAGCGACCUGAGAAUGUGUGAGCGGCUUUAAGUGCGCGGCGUGUGUAUUAUGAUAAAUACGGCCCGCCUGCCGCUGCGCUGCUUCUCUCUGCUCUCCGCGGCUCCGCCGGCCACACGCUCCGCUCUUCCCCGGACUGUGGCACACUUUGUCCGGACCAUGGCAGCUCACAACACGCCGGAGACGAGGCAGCCUCCCGGCCUGAAGAAGGCCCGGCACAAGGAGCCGCUGCGGCGGGUGAAGACCAAAGAGAGCCGGAGCAAGCGGGUGGACGUCCACGGACCGUCCACGGUGUACGUGCAGGUGGUCGGUGCCGGCAGCAGAGACAACGCUGCGUCGCUGUACGUCUUCUCCGAGUUCAACAGAUAUCUGUUCAACUGUGGUGAAGGAACGCAGAGACUCAUGCAGGAACACAAGCUGAAAGCUGCUCGACUCGACAACAUCUUCCUGACCCGGCUGAGCUGGGAGAACGUCGGAGGGUUAUCAGGGAUGAUCUUAACCCUGAAGGACACCGGUGUUCCUGAGUGUGUCCUCUCCGGACCUCCUCAGCUGGAGAAUUAUCUGGACGCCAUCAAGUCAUUCUCUGGACCGCUGGAGGACAUCAAACUGUCGGUUCGACCGUACACCGAAGAGAUGCACACGGACGAAACCAUGGCGGUUUAUCAAGUGCCGAUAUUUGCGAAGUCGAGGGACAACGGCAGGAAACUCUCCCCGACGUCGGGCAGGAGCAGCCCGUCGAGAAAUCCAGAUGAAAGACGGAAAACAACUCGAGAUACUUCUCUGGUGGUUUCCUUCAUAUGUAAGCUUCACCCCAAGAAAGGAAACUUCUUAGUUCCUCAAGCCAGAGAGCUCGGUCUGCCCGUAGGCACAGCAGCUAUCGGUCCGCUCAUCGCAGCUCUGAAGGACGGGAAAAGUGUCACGUAUGAAGGAAAAGAGAUCCGACCUGAGCAGGUCUGCACUCCCGCUGAUCCAGGACCGGUCUUUAUCAUCGUCGAGUGUCCGUCUGAGGAGUUCGUCGACGCCGUUUGCAGCAACCGCCAGCUGAGGAGGUACCAGUCAGGAGAGACGGAGGAUGCCGCGGUGCUGGUGGUCCACAUGACUCCAGAGUGUGUUCUGAAAACAGAUCAAUACAAGAGGUGGAUGGAGAGGUUUCCGUCCACGACAGAACACCUGAUCCUUAACGAACACGUCUGCACGGUCCACAACAUCCGGAGUCACAAGAUUCAAGCUCAGCUCAACAUGAUUCACCCGGAGGUCUUCCCACAACUCGAGUCUUAUAAAAUGAAGGAGCCUCAGGCUGCCCUCCACGUCCCCAACGUCAGAGCUGAGUGUCUCCUCAAGUUCCAGCUCAGACCCGUAAUGGAGUGGCAAAGAGACGCCGUUCCCUCCUGCAACACCGACGAGUUCGUGAAAGAAGCUUCAGAGGUCCUGAACUUUGUGGAAGAAGUGGGCGAGUGCAGGAAGAUCUGCUCCGCCGAGCGCUCGGGACACAGAGACAAAUACCCGGAGGUGGUUUUCAUGGGAACGGGAUCAGCUCUGCCGAUGAAGAUCAGAAACGUCAGCGGCACUUUGGUCAACAUCAGCCCGACUCAGUCGGUUCUGUUGGACUGUGGUGAAGGAACCUUCGGUCAGCUCUGCAGACACUACGGGGACGGCGUGGACGAAGCUCUGUCCAAGAUCUCGACCGUCUUCAUCUCACACAUGCACGCCGACCACCACACGGGCCUGCUCAUGUUGCUCUAUCAGAGGGAGAGAGCUCUGGCGGCGUUAGGAAAGGCGUUCAGCCCGAUCUACCUGGUGGCUCCGACCCAGAUCAUGACCUGGCUCAACCAGUACAACGAUUACUGCGAGGAGAUCCUCGACCACAUCAACUUCAUCCCAAACAGAUUUCUCUGCGACGGCGCCGAGACACCGAGGCCGAGGACGAAGUCGUUUAUCCAAGCGCUGCUGAAGAAGAACGAUCUGGAAAAGUUCCAGACGUGCUUCGUCCGUCACUGUAAGAACGCCUUCGCCUGCAGCUUCACCCACCGCUCGGGAUGGAAACUGGCCUUUUCUGGAGACACCAUGCCCUGCGACGACUUCGUGCACGUCGGAAAGGACGCGACCUUACUGAUCCACGAGGCCACGCUGGAGGACGGACUGGAGGAGGAAGCUGUAGAGAAAAGACACAGCACGACCUCCCAGGCCAUCGGCAUCGGCAUGAGGAUGAACGCCGAGUUCAUCAUGCUGAACCACUUCAGCCAGCGUUACGCCAAGAUCCCCCUCUUCAGCGAGGACUUCACCGACAGAGUCGGCAUCUCGUUCGACCACAUGAGAAUUCGCUUUGGGGACUUUAAAAUCCUCCCCAAGCUCAUCCCCGCACUUAAAACCCUUUUCGCCGAGGAGAUCGGCGAGAUGGAGGAGAGGAGGGAGAGGCGGGAGCUGAGACAUCCGAAAGGAAGCGUCGAGAUGGCCGACACGAGCCGAGCCGCCAAAAGAGACCAAGAGGGGGCGCCGACGCACGCCGUCGAGACAAAGAGGCUGAGAACGAGCUGAAGUUUGAUUUAAACGAGCUCAGAGGAAAGGACUCGAACCCAGAGUGUCCUGAGUUAUUUUAUUUAAAUGAAUUUGAGACUCUUUAUUUGGCUUUUGUGGUUUAAGAUGAUGCAUGUAUAUUACAUCACAGUGUACAAAGAUAAGCUCUGAAAAUAGUUUUUGUUUUUCAUUAAACAGAAUAAAG